AUGCAGGUCAGGCUGCGAGGUCCCCAGGGGGUGUCCACCCUCGAGCUCGACCCGGAGAGCACCGUGCACCACCUCCGCGCUCUCGUAUUCGCCGCCACCCACAUCCCUCCUCCCCAGCAGCACAUCAAGUACGGCUAUCCCCCCAAACCCCUCCCAGAUAAUACACCCCUGCUCUCGUCCAUACCCAUCACCAACGGCGAGCAGUUCAUCGUGUCUGCAGUACCCGCGGCUAUCACAUCUGAGCCAGCCCCGCCAAUGAUACCUGCCCCCAAGAUAGAAGGCCCAGACAGCGUAGCCUUGCCCGGAAGAGACGCCGGCUAUCUCCAGCUCAGGGUCGUCCCCGAUGACAACUCGUGUCUCUUCUCUGCCACUGCGGUAGUGUUUGAAGGCGGCAUCGAUGCAGCCCAACGCCUGCGGACCGUCGUAGCAGAAGCCAUCAGGGCAGACCCGGAAACCUAUUCCCAAGUCAUGCUGGGAAUGCCUCGAGACGAGUACAUCAGGCGCAUUUUGAAGCCCGAGACUUGGGGAGGAGCAAUCGAGCUUUCAAUCUUUGCAAAACAGCGAGUUGCGAGCACCACCAGUAGCGCUAUACUGAUACCAAGUCUAGCUACAAGACUGAAAUUGCUUCAUUCGAUGUCGCUACCGGUAGAUGCGACAGGUUUGGCCAGGACCAAUACGACUCUCGACUAUGACGCCAUUACCCUCUCCCCACUCCCCGUAUCGCCCCCAGACUUUCACACCUCGGUCUUUCCCUCUGUCGACCAGACCAUCCUCUUGACUGCCGACAAUCUCGUAGCCCAACUCCGUGCCCGACACUAUUACACCGACACGUCCAACUUUGAUCUGAGAUGUGGCGUUUGUAAGCAGGGCUUGAAGGGCGAGAAGGGUGCGACCGAGCAUGCUAAAAAGACUGGGCGUGAGUGUGACUCGGGUCAGGUUGCUGCUUUGCUAAUUGCCGAUAGACGUUGA